AACAAACCUAAAGUUAAAGGAAGAGAUGAAGUUUGAAAAGAAGCCAGGUUUUUGGGACAGUUUGGUGAUAAAGCAGAAUGUCCCAUCUAGGAAACCAGAUGAGAUUGAGGGAUGGGAACCACCGCAGAUUACCGCUGCUGACUCUACCAGUGAUGCAGCAACUACUUUAAGUGACUAUACAGCCUGGUCAGGCUGGGAAGAUGAAACCAAAGGCUCCACAAAAUACACAAACCUGGCCAGCUCAGGAAACAGUUCCAGGUGGAGUAUCAAAUCAGCUGGAAAGCUGGUUAGUAUUAGACGUCAAAGCAAAGGUAACCUUACUGACAACUGGGAAGAACUAGAAUGA